AUGAGUGAAGAGGCAGAGCUUCGCGCCAAAAUCGCGGCGCUUUCAGGACGCAUCGACCAACAACGACAAUCCGGCAGCGCCCCUCCUACGCCGACUUAUGCUUCCCCAGCAGGACGCGGCUCAGGCUACUAUCCAAGAGGUCGUGGAGCUGGCUGGGCAGGCCAAUACGUGCCUGAUCGAUAUGCGCCAUACCACCAACCUCGCGGCUUCUCGCACAAACCCGCAUAUGCUCCUUCGUACCGCAACCGCUCCCUCAUUGUUAACAGCUCCGUUGGAUCGCCUGCUGGACAACCAGCUUCUCCUGCAACGCCUGCGCCUACCUCUGCCGACAAGUUUGUCUCGAAGCGCGACCGCCACAUGCAGCUGAUCAAUACUUCCGUCUAUGACCAGAAAACACAACAGCGCCAGCUGGAAAUCGAAGCCACGCUACGAGAGAAACACCGCCUUCACGAUGCGAAAGAGAAGGCCAGAGUCAUCGGGGCUUUCCAGCCACACCAGGCUGCCUCAACUACUUACGGCGUUUCGCCAGCUGCAGGGACCGACACGGUGCGCGACAUUCAGAUAAACAACCUCCGAUUCCGCGUAGCUGCCGAUGGAAGCAAAUUAAUUCGCAUGUUUGGUGAGAACACCCAUGUCGGCCACUUUACGCAUCAACUCACGGGCAUAGACGACUCAAACACGGAUCCGGGAGCCACACCCAAGUCUACUACAGUGGCUGGUGUCACGUUCCAUAGAAGCAAGCACGGUAAUCUCUAUCGUGCUGGUCUUGUGAAGAAAAUGAUGAGGUAUCGGAUGAAGUGUCAAGAGCUUUGGGUAAAACAAUUGUUGAUUGAUUGGGUGACAACANGGGAAAACAACAUCAAANAGAGCUCGGAACUGUGUCCAAUCUUUACUGCUACGGGUACCGAAUACUCCAACCGCCAUANNCAAGCCGGUCCUUGCGCGACGGAUCUGAACGAGAGCAAUUAUCUCAGCAUUUCCGUUGGUAGGCCUUUUGCAUUCUUACUGACUUUUUCUCUCANNGGUAUGUGCGCCCACGGCAACCGCUGCCGCUAUACCCAUGAUCCGAACAAGAUUGCCGUCUGCAAGGAAUUCCUCCGAUCUGGUCGUUGCGCUGUUGGUGAUGCUUGCAACCUUUCACAUGAAACCACCCCUCACCGUGUCCCCGCUUGCACUCAUUUCCUUCGCGGCAAUUGCACCAACCCAGACUGCCGCUAUGCUCAUGUUGCUGUCAAUCCUGCCGCACCCGCUUGUCGGGCGUUCGGAACUAUUGGCUACUGCGAGAAGGGUGCCGAUUGCACUGAGCGUCACGUAUUUGAAUGUCCGGACUAUGCUAACACAGGUGUAUGCCGUAACAAGAAGUGCCGACUUCCUCAUGUCGACACUGCGGGCAACAUGCGUAAGGCCAAGUCGGCAGAAGCUAAGAUGAACGAUGCAGAGACGUCAGAUCUAUCUAGCGACGAGGAGAGCUACGACAAAAUCGACUACGACGACGUAGACUCUGACGAUUUCAGUGACAAUGAAGUCAUGGGCGGCACUGAUGAGCGCGACCAUGAACUCUCUCAGCAGCAAGAUUAUGUUAGGCUCUCUUGA